UUCAGAGACCUAGUCCCGGAGGCCGAUUCCAUUGGUCGGGAAUGCCCAAUUUCCUUGUGGGAGAUAGUGGAGCGCAACUUAUGAACAUGGUUCGAUCUUCAGUGGCUCCAGCAACUUGGGUUACGCAUGGGCCUCCAACAGCGACGGUUUGGCUGGUCGGGCACUCCUAUAUCCGUCGGGCUAAACAGAGAGUGUCCGUUCGUCCUGGAGGAGACACCUUGGGCUUUAGAGGGGUUCAAUUUCAAUGGCGCGGAGUUGGUGGGUUACGCUGGUUACAGGUUUUACCAGAGGUGGUGGCAAUCAGCAGAAUUACUCCCCCCCCAGUUGUGCUAGUUAUUCAUGCAGGCGGCAAUGACCUCGGCCAAAUGCGCAUUGCGGAACUUUUGUCUUUGCUUAGGUCCGAUAUAGCCAGAUUUAAAGCCUUUUUCUCUGAAAUGAUACUGGUUUGGUCCGAAAUUGUUCCCCGGCUAUCUUGGCGAGGCGCCAGGGAUCCAGAUGCGAUAGAGAGAGCCCGGCGUCUUCUUAACGCCAGAAUUUCCCGUUUUGUUCGCGACAGGGGGGGUGUUGUAGUCCGGCACCGGCAGUUAGAAGGUAUUGAUCAAGGCCUCAUGUUGCGUGAUGGUGUCCAUUUAAACGAUAUUGGCAUGGACAUUUUUCUUUCCGGUUUGCAGGAUGGUAUCGGUGAGGCUCUGUUGCGUUUGGGUGGGGGUCGGAGUUCAGGUAGGCUUACAUGAACUCCUCCGUGGCGGGGUAAAAAGUGUCCUUGCCAUUGGUUAUAUAUUCUAUCUGGUUGGCGUAACCUACAUGCCCACCGCGGCUGCGGUGGCUGGCAUCUGGAGAUUAAUGGUUAGUGAUGUAAUGGCAAGCUUUUUUCUGUUUACGUUAUGAAUAAUAAUCUGUUCAAAUAAAAGCUGUGGCCGACCCUCACCCACAUAAAGGAAGUUUUGUCUCAGCGUGAUUUUUCUAUAUGUUAAGUGUAUUAACAGCUAAGGUGUUAGUUUGCUACACAAUAAGCACAUGCCUCCUCACAGUCUGGAGGGCACCAAAGGGUGUAGCGAGGGUGCCAGUGACUGGGAGGAGGGAUGGCGGAGCUGGGGAUUGGUUGCCAGGGAGGUAGUUAGAGCAGGAUAGGUUGGGGUAGAAGGGGAGGGUGUGUAUAUAUACUGUAGUUUGCUUACCUGCUUCCUCUUCCCCUGGAUCCUGGAGCGCUGGUGGAGCUGCCCUCCCACCCUCCCGUCUUUUUCCUCCGUGUUUGUUAUGUCAUUUAUAUCUUUCUACUGUUGUUUAUAA